AUGACUAGUAUCAUUAAUGUUGUCGACUUAUCUGCUAAGCGUGUUUCUGAGUUGAAAUGUAUCCAAGAAGUUGAAAUUGUGGAACAGAUUGUUGUUGGGGAACUUGAAACUGGUAAGGGAUCUAAUCAGACAUGUAAUCUAAAAAGAGCAGGAGCUACUCGGUGGAGUUCAAGGUAUUAUUCUAUCAAGAACUUGAAGAAAUUGUUUAAUUCAACUAGUUAUGUUUUGAAAAACAUGAUUGAUCAUGGUCUUACUGGAAAAAUACGUGGACAAGCUUUGAGAGCUUUUAGAGCUAUAAAAUCAUUUGAAUUUGUGUUUUGUUUAUUAUUGCUGGAGAAAACUAUGGGAAUCACAAGUGCUCUUUGUAAGUCACUGCAAGAACAAUCUCAAGAAAUUGUAAAUGCCAUGAAUCUAUUUUCAAGCACGAAAGGUCGUCUUGAAAAGUUGAGAAAAGAUGGUUGGUUUGAUUUCUUUGCUAGUGUUGUGUCGUUUUGUGCUUCACAUGCUAUUGUUGCUCCAGAUUUUAAUGCUCCCUAUUUGGAAGGUACGGGUCGUCCUUCUCAACAACAGAAUUGUGUUACCAUUGAGCAUUAUUAUCGUGUUGAAAUAUUUUAUGCCGUAAUUGAUUUUCAGUUGAUGGAACUGAAUACUAGAUUUAAUGAGAAAACAAGGGAGCUUUUGGUUCUUAGUUCUUCAUUGGAUCCUCGAUUUGAUUUCCAAUCAUUUGACAUUGACAACAUUUGUAGUUUGGUUGAGAAAUAUUAUCCUCAUGAUGUGUCGGAUUUGGAUGAUCUAAGAACUGAAUUGGAGCAUUUUGAGUAUCAAUUCUCUAAACUUGAGGAAUUUCAGAAUCUCUGCACCCUUUCAGAGUUGUGUCAAGAAUUUGUUAGAACAAGAACACCAUUUGUGUUGAUUGAAAGCUAG